AUGCUUGUAGAUUUGAUUUCGGCAUGUGGGCGGUCCGAGGCAAUACAUGAAGGUGAACAAUUUCAUGAGAGAAUUGUAAAGGAAGGUUUUGACUGCUAUGACUUUAUACAGGCAACAAUCAUCAAUUUCUAUGCAGCCUGUGGCCGCAUGAACCUUGCUCAUCUUCAGUUUGAAAAGGGCAUCAUGCAGCAUGUUGCGUCUUGGAAUGCACUCAUUGCAGGAUAUAUAAGAAACAGAAUGAUUGACCAGGCAAGGCUUUUGUUUAAUGAGAUGCCUGAAAGAGAUGUGUUUUCAUGGAGUUCCAUGAUUUCUGGUUAUGCACAGAGUGAACAACCGGAAUUGGCUUUGGAACUCUUUCAGAGAAUGGUAGCUAGUGGGAUCCAACCAAAUGAAAUUACGAUGGUGAGUGUUUUCUCUGCAAUUGCUACAUUAGGCACAUUGAAAGAGGGAAGAUGGGCCCAUGAAUACAUACUUGAGAACUCCAUUCCUCUUAAUGACAAUUUAAGUGCAGCACUCAUCGAUAUGUAUGCCAAAUGUGGGAGUAUCCAUACAGCCUUAGAGGUGUUUUACCAAAUCCGAGACAAAGCCUCUACUGUCUCACCAUGGAAUGCCAUUAUAUGUGGGUUGGCCAUGCACGGACAUGCAACAUUGUCUCUCGAAAUAUUUUCGGACUUGCAAUGGCGUAGUGUCAAACUCAAUUCAAUCACUUUCAUCGGAGUCCUAAGUGCAUGUUGCCAUGCUGGCUUUGUGGAGGCUGGGGAGAGGUAUUUUAAAAGCAUGAAGAACGUUUACAACAUAGAACCAAAUAUCAAGCAUUAUGGUUGUUUGGUGGAUCUCCUGGGCCGAGCUGGGCGAGUAGAAGAUGCUGAGAAAAUGAUAAGGAGCAUGCCCAUGAAGGCCGAUAUAGUGAUAUGGGGCACGUUAUUGGCAGCAUGUAGAACACAUGGGAAUUUGGAAAUAGGAGAAAUGGCCGCAGAGAAUUUGGCAAGGUUGGAUUCAUCUCAUGGGCCAGGUAGAGUUCUCCUAUCCAACAUAUACGCAGAUGCAGGGAAGUGGGAGGAAGCCUUUUCUGUACGGCGAGCAAUGCAGAGCCUAAGACUGAAGAGAUCACCGGGGCAUAGUGAUGUUGUAUGA